AUAUUGAAGCAAUUCAAUCAAUGGCAAUGGUAAAAAAGAGGUCCAUGCCCUCCCCGCUCUAACAAUAUAUAAUGUAACCAAACCCCUUAUCAAUACUACUUCAGAGUUAAGUUGAGAACAUACCAAUCUACAAUAAACGAUGAUUCUCAUUAUCUCCCUCAUUUUUUCUCUUCUCUCUUUCUCCCAUGCUUCUGUCCUAGAUUUCUGUGUUGCAGAUUAUGCAGGUCCUAUUGGACCUGCAGGAUAUUCCUGCAAGAAGCCUUCAAAGGUCACAGCAGAUGAUUUUGCUUACAGUGGCCUUGGCAUUGCUGGUAACACCUCAAACAUUAUCAAAGCUGCAGUGACCCCUGCAUUUGAUGCUCAGUUUGCUGGUCUCAACGGUCUUGGCAUUUCCGCAGCACGUUUGGACUUAGCAGCAGGUGGAGUUAUACCACUUCACACUCAUCCUGGAGCUUCAGAAUUACUUGUUGUAAUUGAAGGGAGCAUCCUAGCUGGAUUCAUUUCUUCUGCCAACAUUGUCUACCUCAAAACUCUUAAGAAGGGGGAUGUUAUGGCAUUCCCUCAAGGCUUGCUUCAUUUCCAAAUCAAUGCAGGCAAAUCUUCAGCCCUGGCAAUUGUAAGCUUCAGUAGCUCCAAUCCUGGUCUACAAAUUCUGGACUUCGCUUUGUUCAAAAGUAGUUUCCCCACACCAUUGAUAGUACAAACCACUUUCCUUGAUGCUGCUCUGGUGAAGAAGCUUAAGGGUGUACUUGGAGGCUCAGGCUAAACCAUGGGAAGUUAUCCAUGAAAGAGACUGAAGUCAAGCAAGCAUAUUGUCUAUUACCUUUAAGUUUAUUUAUCUCCUUGGUCUACAAUUUGGAUUUAGUAUGCAUGUGUAGGUAGAACUCUUCUUUCAGCAGGCUUUGUAGUUGAGUAAUAAACUUAAGCUGAUUUGGUUAUUGUUGUUGUGAUGUUUAUUGUUAUCAAGUUUCAGUUGAAGCAGAUGAUUUCGUACUUGAGAAAAUUGAGCUAUGAGAUGAAUUUAAUAUGUGGCCUA